GGAAACAUUGAAGAGCGUCUUCGACAAUUAGAGUCACAGUUGGAGGAGAAGAACCAGGAGCUGAGCCGAGCUCGUCAAAGGGAGAAAAUGAAUGAGGAACACAACAGGCGUCUCUCAGAUACAGUGGACCGCCUGCUCACUGAAUCUAAUGAACGCCUGCAGCUCCACUUGAAAGAACGAAUGGCUGCCCUGGAGGAUAAGAAUGCACUCAUCCAGGAUCUGGAGAAUUCACAGAAGCAGUUGGAAGAGUUCCACCACAGCAAGGAGAGACUGAUAGGAGAAAUUGAAAAGCUUCGCACAGAGCUUGAUCAUCUAAAGAGAAGGAGUGGAGCUUUUGGAGAUGGAACACACCCUCGGUCUCAUUUGGGCAGUGCCACAGACCUGCGUUUUUCUGUGGUGGAGGGACAGGGGGAGCACUUUGCCACUACUGGAGUCAUUCGGCGAGCACAAAAAGGAAGACUGGUAGCACUCAGGGACGAGCCCACAAAGAUUCUACCGGUGGUUGAGCAGGACUGGGAGCGAUUACAGCCUUCUAGCCUUCGAGGCAGCCGCUCACACCUGAUGGGCAGCGACACAGAGCUCUCGGAGCUGGAUGAUGAUGACCGUGAGACCGUGUUCAGCUCAGGGGACAUGCUGUCUCCCAGUGGUCACUCAGAUGCUCAGACACUUGCCCUCAUGUUACAGGAGCAGUUGGAUGCCAUCAAUGAGGAGAUCAGGAUGAUCCAGGUAGAGCGAGAAUCAGCCGAGCUACGGGCAGACGAGAUCGAGAGCCGUGUGAACAGUGGUAGCAUGGAUGGGCUGAAUGUGACGCUGCGCCCACGGUCCACUAUCCCCACCUCAGUCACUGCUCUCUCCCUCGCUAGCUCUUCACCUCCCGUCAGCGGCCGCUCCACUCCAAAGAUGGCAUCUCGCUCCACUGCCCAUGAGCUUGGUGUCAUGACCCUGCCUAGUGAUUUACGAAAACACCGCAGGAAAGUCACUUCUCCAGUGGAAGCUCGUGAGGAUAAAGCCACUAUAAAGUGCGAGAUGUCGCCCCCUUCCUCCCCUCGUAGUCUCAAACUCGAUCAGAUAAACUUCGCUCAGCUGACUGGAAGCCUCGAGGAUGGCCGAGGUGGCAACAAAAAGAAGGGAAUCAAGUCCUCCAUUGGCCGCUUGUUUGGCAAGAAGGAUAAGCCCCAAACAAUGAGCAAAGACGGCCAGGUGACCCCACUUGUAAUUCCAGAUUUUGAGAUGAGCAUUGGAGAUACUAUGACCCUGGGCAAGCAGGCUGAGAGAGACCGCAGGAUGAAGAAGAAGCACGAGCUUUUGGAAGAUGCACGGAGGAAAGGCCUUCCGUUUGCUCAGUGGGAUGGCCCGACGGUGGUCUCUUGGCUUGAGCUGUGGGUUGGCAUGCCAGCGUGGUACGUAGCGGCUUGCCGUGCUAAUGUGAAGAGCGGUGCCAUCAUGUCUGCGCUGUCCGACACAGAGAUCCAGAGGGAGAUCGGCAUCAGCAACCCACUGCACAGGCUCAAGCUCAGGCUGGCCAUCCAGGAGAUGGUGUCACUCACCAGUCCCUCAGCCCCACUCACCUCACGCACCUCCUCCGGAAAUGUCUGGGUGACUCACGAGGAGAUGGAGAACAUGGCAACCUCCACCAAAGCAGAGAACGAGGAAGGGAGCUGGGCACAGACCCUGGCAUAUGGAGACAUGAACCACGAAUGGAUAGGUAACGAGUGGCUGCCUAGUCUGGGCCUACCUCAGUAUCGCAGCUACUUCAUGGAGUGUCUGGUGGAUGCUCGCAUGCUAGACCACCUCACCAAGAAGGACUUGCGCACACACUUAAAAAUGGUGGACAGCUUUCAUAGAGCCAGUUUACAGUACGGUAUCAUGUGCUUAAAGCGGCUCAACUACGAUAGGAAGGAGCUGGACCGAAGGAGAGAGGAGUGCCACCAUGAUCUCAAAGACACUCUGGUGUGGACAAAUGAGCAUGUGAUGAACUGGGUGCAGACCAUUGGGCUAAAGGAAUACAGCAAUAACCUUCAGGAGAGCGGAGUACAUGGUUCCCUCAUCGCCUUGGACGAGAUGUUUGACUUCAGCAGCCUGGCCCUCAUCCUGCAGAUUCCAAUGCAGAACACACAGGCCAGGCAGAUCCUUGAACGGGAGUUCAACAAUCUGUUGGCAUUGGGGACUGACAGGCGCCUGGAGGAGUGUGAUGAUAAGUCUUUUCGGAGAUCCCCAUCAUGGAGGAAACGUUUCAGACCACGGGAUGGCCAAGGCCUGGGUAUGAUGCCUGGUUCCAUUGAGACGCUACCCGCUGGCUUCCGCCUCUCCACCAUGUCCAUUCCCUCCUCCAUGAGUAUGAAUCCCAAGAAACAGCUGCAGCCUGAAGCUGGACCCCAAGCCCCUCAGAGACUUGAUCCCUCUGCCAUCAGGACUUACUCUUGCUAACUCUGCUUUACUAACAACACUCAUGUUAUCAGGUAAGCAGCUCUGGGAAGCUUUACCACAACCAUAUGUGCGCCAAUCAGGGAUGGCUUAGGCCUAUAUUACCCUAAGGAAUAGUGGUUCUAGCUUUCUUAAGAAGUUUAUCUGAAGAGGAAAGUGUUUGUUGUACAGCACCUUUGAAGGUUGGACCUUUGACAGUUCCUUGAGAGAACAGGUUCCCAAUCCUGGUUUUAAUGAUUUUCUUGCUUCUAAUACAUCUGUCCUAUCUUCUACAGCACUUCAUUUCUAUCCCAACUAACUAAUGCCAAACAGGGUCAAUUAAUAUAUAUAUUACUUUUUUUUUUCUUUUUUUU